UUCUUGCGCCGAAGCGUGUUUACACGCCUGCUGCUGUAAACAUACCUAAGCCCGUUCCGUCAUUUAUUGAGAUACAAGACUCUCACUGAUGAUGAAAAUGAUGUUGAUGAAUCUGAUCCUGAUUAUAAUGAGUCAAUUGGAUAUGAUUCAGAUGAUGCUUCUUCCAUCAUAACUAACUCAGAUAGCGAUGGGAUGGACAAUGACGAGGAGGAUGUUGAAGUUUCUGAUUCUGGAGAAGAUAGUAAGUUUGAUCCGGACUACCAUCCUAUCGAGUUUGAAUGGAAGUACGACAGGCAUUUUCGUCUUAAUUCGGACGUUGCUGAAGCAUCCAGAAUUGACAUGACUAUGGAGAUGUGUGUUCAGAACCUGGCUGGAGAGGAUACGAUGAUUUCUUUUCGUGCUGAAGCGCACGGUAGUGGUUUUCGAUACGAGGCUUUGCAAUGGCGUACCAAGUUUACGAAACCAAAUGGUAUAAAUCAUCCUGCCAAGUGCACGUUUGUUUAUUGUCAAGUUCAAAAGAAGUUGAUUCUCAAGAAGGUUGUCCAUUAGUACCAUUUGCACGUUC